UGCUUUGCGCGGCAAUCAUCGCAUUGGCAGGCUGAUGAUGACACGUGUCUCCUCCUCGCCCCCCACCCCCAGGCUCCUGCGCACCGCUCCGGCAUCACUAACGGCUGAGAGGAACUGUGGAAGCGCUGCCGCAACCACCACCACGGACUAUUCAUCCUGAAAAUCGGACCACUUUGUCCGUGGCACAUUUUGCAAGCGAGCGGACGGGUUGGGUGUUCCACUGCGUAAAGCGCCCGAAAAUUUCGUGAAUGACUGAAAAGAGCGGCGCGCGAUAAUGAUGAUGGAGCCGAGACACGACGUCUGAAGGUGACAUGAAACAAGGGAUUAUCAAUAGCAGCAGGUGUACUUUUGAUUACAAUUGGAGAUAAGAAGUGAGGUGUUUCCAAGUUUCCUCUUCGCGAGAUUUUAUUAAUGCGUAGAAAGAAAGCCUAAGUAUAUAGUAUACACAUUUGAUUAUUCACAAUAGUAUAUCGAUAGAUCUUGUUUUAAAACAGCAAACAUGGCAACCCAAAUCCGCGGCAAGCUUUCGAACAAGAUCACUAAUGCGGCCAACACUGUUUCCAAUAAAUCACAGGCGAAGGUUAGUGGGAUGUUCGCCAGGUUGGGUUUCCAGGCCGCCACAGACGAGGAGGGUUUGGGCUUCGCCGCAUGCGAUGAUUUGGAUUAUGACCAUAGGCAGGGGCUACAGAUGGACAUUCUAAAAAAUGAUGAGAUGGGAGGAGGGGAAGGCGGUGGCGGGGACAUGGGCGGGGAUGGCACGUUAGACGGGGACAGCCACUACCAGAGAGACGGCACCGGACUCCCACCUUCCUCCUCGAAAGACGGCGCACUAGCAGAACUAGCUGCUCAAGACAGGCCAAAAAUCACCUCUUGGGAGGCAGGUUGGAACGUCACCAAUGCCAUCCAGGGAAUGUUCGUUCUUGGGUUACCAUAUGCCAUUCUCCACGGCGGAUACCUCGGACUGUUUCUCAUUAUUUUUGCCGCGGUGGUGUGCUGCUACACGGGCAAGAUCCUCAUCCAAUGUCUGUAUGAAGAGAACGAAGAUGGACAGCUGGUGCGAGUAAGGGAAUCGUACGUGGACAUUGCCAACGCCUGCUGUGCGCCCAGAUUCCCAACCAUCGGCGGUCGCGUUGUGAAUGUAGCCCAGAUCAUUGAGUUGGUGAUGACCUGCAUUCUGUAUGUGGUUGUGAGCGGCAACCUGAUGUACAACAGCUUCCCGAGCCUUCCCGUGUCACAGAGAUCAUGGGCCAUCAUAGCCACCGUGGUCCUCCUCCCCUGCGCCUUCCUCAAGAACCUCAAAGCCGUGUCCAAGUUCAGCUUGCUGUGCACGCUCGCCCAUUUCGUUAUCAACGUCCUGGUGAUCGCCUACUGUCUCUCCAGAGCGCGGGACUGGGCUUGGGACAAAGUGAAGUUCUACAUCGACGUCAAGAAGUUUCCAAUUUCCAUUGGGAUUAUCGUGUUUAGCUACACGUCCCAGAUUUUCCUGCCGUCACUGGAGGGGAACAUGCAGAAUCCCGCCGAGUUCCACUGUAUGAUGAACUGGACGCAUAUCGCUGCUUGUAUCCUCAAAGGCCUCUUCGCCCUAGUGGCCUACCUCACCUGGGCAGACGCGACCAAGGAAGUCAUCACCGACAACCUUCCAGGCGGCAUCCGGGCGGUUGUCAAUCUCUUCCUGGUGUCCAAAGCUUUGCUCUCAUACCCCUUACCAUUCUUCGCUGCUGUAGAGGUCUUGGAGAAAUCAUUUUUCCAAGACGGAGGGCGCGCCGUAUUCCCAGACUGCUAUGGUGGCGACGGACGCCUGAAAUCGUGGGGCCUCUCUCUCCGAUGUGGCCUUGUGGUGUUCACCAUGUUCAUGGCCAUCUACGUGCCCCACUUCGCCUUGCUCAUGGGCCUGACGGGAAGCCUGACGGGCGCCGGCCUGUGCUUUCUGCUUCCCAGCCUCUUUCACCUGAAGCUCCAGUGGAGAAAUCUUCUGUGGCACCAGGUGUUCUUUGAUGUCGCUAUAUUUGUUAUUGGGGGUAUAUGCGCUAUCUCUGGUUUUAUUCACUCGAUGGAGGGUCUCAUAGAGGCAUAUAGGUACAACAUUGAAGAUUAGUGUUAGUUGGGACUAGACGUUACCACACAUUCCCAUACGAGUAACCGAGUCUCCCCCCUCGCAGUGCAGUCCCCUUGCUUUGACUAAAGUUCAUGCGACACCACCCCGGCGCGCAAUCACUCAAAACGCACACGCACGUGUGUGCACAUGGAUAGCCUGCUACAUUCACACGCCAGCACGCACACGUCCACACAUUCUGACUCUUUCACAAGCGCGCGCAAACGCACGCACGCACGUACACACACACACACACACACACACACACACACACACUCCACAUUUAUUUAACAUAGAACAUGAUGGACUCCAAAAUGUGAAAUAAGACAACAACAAAUUAAUUUAAAACAUGUUUUCAGUGUAGUAAGUUUACAAAAUAUAGGUCGACAAAAGACGUAUGUAUUGGGUUGUAUUUGUUUUUUCACCCCUGGGAUUUUCCCAAAUCAAAGAUCAUUUAAUAUGACAUUGAGUGCGUGAUGCUGGGGGAAGGAACACUAAUAUAUGGUGACAGAGAUGGUACACGAAACUAAGUUGUGAAUUGAAAUAAGUGAUUUCUUGUCUGACCCUCAAUUCUUAAUUUGCAAACAACGCAAGAACAUGAUAUUUUGUGGACCAUUACUGCAAUAAAUGGAAAGAACUUAGAUUUUUUCGUGUAUCAGUAUGGAAAUAAUUUUAACGGACUUUAAUUUCAGACGCUAUGGCUAUAUCCAAAAUUACUAGGGCAUUUUGUUAUCGGUGAUCUGGAAUUCGACCAAAUCUGAAGAGGACAUAAGUCUUCGAGUUAUUAUAACUAUGCAUUAUGAAUGUAUCAUAUUCAUGCAUCUGGAGCAAAUGACAUUUAAGCUUGCUGGGGAUUUAUAUGUACACAGUGUUUCGUUUUGACAUUUACGAAUUGAUCAUAGCAUAGUUGAAUUGAUCUCCACAGUUCUAAGAGGAUGAACAAAAUAAGACAAAAUUGUGAAAGAAGCUCUGAAACAAUUUCGAUUAUUUAACUGAUCAAUUGUUUGUGAUUUUAAUAUGUUCCAGUUUUCUUAACAAAAAUGUCAGAAAUUGGUGAUGUCCCAAGAGGAAAGAGUUUUGUUAAUGGUCCAGAAAUUACGUGUCUAAAUCUGAACAUUCUGAAGAGAUUUAAUGAGAUGAAAACGUGCAUAAAGACAUUUUUCAUUCUGUGCAAUCCAACGGGUCCUGUGGAAGUGUAAUAAAACCGUAUGUGUAGUGUUAUUGUGGUUUCAAAAAGAUGGAAUGUAUAUCACAAAAGCGUUAUCAUAUAUCGUGAAAAUGAAUAUAUUGAAGAAUAAAGAAAUACGUGAAAUUCUAUUGUAUAAAUGUGUUAUGGUUUUAUGUGGUGACAAGGAAAAUCGUGAGAAAUAUGUAUUUUCCCUCCAAAAAUAAACUCUGGAAA